GCGCAAACUGUUUUGUUUUCAGGAAUUUUGCAAAGUAUAAAACAUUAAAUAAAACUUAAAGGAUAAAGGAUAUUUAAUGUUCUAAUCAAUGAGAAUAGAACAUUAAACGUGGCGUGUUGUUUUUAUAUUUAGUGUAAAAACUGACCUGAGUGGUAAUUGAAAAUGACCUCUAUAAUCAAGCUUUAUUGCCUCUCAGGAGCUGGAGAUGAGACUCCACCGUGCUAUGUACUGCAAGUCGAUGAGUUUAAGUUCCUGUUGGACUGCGGGUGGGACGAGAAAUUUGAUAUGGAGUUCAUAAGAGAGUUAAAACGGCACAUAAACACAAUAGAUGCAGUAUUAAUAUCGCACUCAGACCCUCUUCAUCUCGGUGCACUACCAUAUGCAGUCGGUAAACUCGGUCUCAACUGUCCCAUCUAUGCUACGCUGCCGAUCUACAAGAUGGGUCAGAUGUUUAUGUACGAUCUGUACCAGGCUCAUAGGAAUGUGUCAGACUUUGACCUUUUUACAUUGGAUGAUGUGGAUGCAGCGUUUGAUCAUAUUGUGCAAUUGAAAUACAACCAGAGCAUUGAUAUGAAAGGCAAAGGUCUAGGACUCCGUAUCACGCCGCUCCCAGCUGGCCACUCUCUCGGUGGCACCGUGUGGCGCAUCGCUGCGCCGGGAGAAGAAGACAUAGUUUAUGCACCUGAUUUUAAUCAUAAAAAGGAACGGCAUCUUAAUGGAUGCGAGAUAGAGAAACUGAUGAGACCGUCGCUCAUGCUGCUCGGGGCGAUGAACGCGGAUUACGUACAACCCAGAAGAAGACUCCGAGAUGAGAAGCUCAUGACAACGAUCCUUAGCACUUUGCGUGGUGGGGGAUGCGUGCUGGUCUGCACAGACACUGCAGGUCGAGUGCUCGAACUGGCCCACAUGUUGGACCAGCUAUGGCGGAACAGGGAUUCCGGAUUAGUGGCUUAUUCGCUGCUGUUGCUCUCCAACGUCAGUUACAACGUAGUCGAAUUCGCCAAGUCGCAAAUAGAGUGGAUGAGCGACAAACUGACCCGCGCAUUCGAAGGCGCUCGCUCCAACCCGUUUGCUUUACGCCACCUGCAGCUGUGCCACUCCGUGAUCGAAGUAACCAGAACCCCAGGGCCGAAGGUCGUCCUGGCCUCCUGCCCUGACCUCGAAGCUGGCUUUGCGAGGGAUCUGUUUCUUUUAUGGGCCCCUCAUCCUCAGAAUUCCAUCGUUUUAACUGCAAGAACGUCUCCCGGUACGCUAGCCCGCGAGUUAAUAGAGAAAGGCGGUGAUCGAGUCAUCGAUCUCACGGUGCGAAAGCGGAUGCGACUCGAAGGAUCAGAGCUGGAGGAAUUUCUGCAGCAACAGAGGCUGAAGGUCAACAACACCAUCAAAGAAGAAACAGCUGGUGUGUCUUCCGACUCUGACUCGGACGGCGAGCUCGAAAUGUGGGUCGUGACGGGACGACACGAUAUUCCGGUACGACACGACACCCGUCCGACUGGGUGCUUCAAGAGCAACAAACGACAUCACGCCAUGUACCCCUUCCACGAGGAGAGAACUAGGGCCGAUGACUAUGGAGAGAUAAUUAAGCCUGAAGACUACAGAUUAGCAGAAAUAGUAGACGCAGAAGGUGAAAUCCGGGACGUUCCACCAGCACCUCCGCAGAAACAGGAACCUGAUGAGGAAAUGAUAGAAAUUCCAAGCAAAUGCAUCACCGUCCAACGCCAAAUCCACGUGAAGGCCAACAUCCAGUACAUCGAGCUGGAAGGAAGAUGUGACGGUGAAUCAUUGCUGCGUGUUGUGUCACAGGCGAAACCACGAGCUAUUGUUGGGCUAAGAGCUAAUACUGCAUCUUUAUUAACACUUAGCAAACACUGCGAAGCGGAAGGCAUUGAAAAGAUCUACAUUCCGAAGAAAGGAGACGUCAUCGACGCCACCACUGAAUCACACAUCUACCAGGUAAAAUUGGACAAUGGCCGCGUAGCCCUUGAAGGGGUAUUGUCAGAAGAGUAUUAUAAAGUACGAGAACUCCUCUACGACCAAUUCGCCAUCGUGUGA